UCGAGGCGGCAAAGUUUCAGUUUCGUUUCGUCAAGCGACGCGUUCGGACGUAAAGUAUUUUUCGAGCUGCCUUAGGCCAACUAGGCCAAUACUGGUCCAAGCAGUGACUGAGUUAAUUUAGAUUUUUCUGUUAUUUGGUGUAAAUAAAACGCUGUGAACUUCAAUAAAUCUAAACUAAGUUAGCCAAAUGUCUAAAUAGUCGUACUGGCUGGCAAGCAGACAAGUAGCCAAAAAGGCAAAUUGCCGAAAAGCCAAUUAUGGCAAUUGAUGAAAGAGAAAUCGUGAAAUAAUUGCGGAACAAUAUCAAAAAUGCGCAGCCGAAAAUUGCAAGCAAGCAAACAAAUACCAACACAAUAACAAGCAAAAAACAACAACAACUAACAAAUAUAACAAGUAUAGCAACAAACAAAUUGCCGAUAAAUAUGUGUGAAAAUAGUGUAAACAUGUGAAGUGAAAACCAUACAACUGCAAACGCAAUUAAAGUGAAUUGCCGAAUUGCGGAGUGACGCUAUCGCGCUAAUAAAUAACGCUGCCUUGAACUGAAACAACAACAACGCUAAACUAGAAACAAAUUGACGCGAAAAUGUAUUGCGGUAAGGACUGCAGCUGCAGCUUGUGUCGCGAGCUACGCAAUUACAAGCCCGCCAAGCCAGCCAAGCGGCCCGCGCCACGCCCGCCCACUUCACUAUUCGGACGUUUUAACGAGAAUUUCAUACUACGCCGACGCAGCACCAGCAACUCCUUCAAGACAUUCCAGCCGCAGUCGUUGAAAUGCAGCGAAAUGUUUCAGCAGCGCGCCGCUGAGGCUACGCCGAAUGUCUACACCGCGCAGCCGGCACCGCAAGCCGCAACGCAACAACAGCAACAGCCAACAAACGCUGCUGUGUCAACAGAUGCGACACGCGCCAACAAACCGGCGGCGCCAACCAAACCCAAUCACAAGGUUGUCAUCUACUUCGGCGACUCGAUUGCCAAUCGCGGCAAGCACAAUGUGGGUGAGACGGCCAAUGAUGUGGUGCAAGCCGCGCAGCUUUUAGAUGAUACUGCGACGCAACUCAAUGUGGCGACGUCUCAGCAUAGCACAAACAGCGCGUCAUGCUUAGCGCCCAAGGCGGCGAGCGAAGAUGAUUUGCCCUCCUACAUCGAGAGCGUGCAGAACGGUGUGAUCAACAUCAAGAUCGAAGGCAACUAUCAGCGCGCCAACGCUUUGGUGGAAACGGUGGCUAAGCCAACGCUCGCCACCGUGCAUGUGCUGGCCGAGGCGGAGCAGUUGGUUGGCGGCGUCGAGGACAAUGCGAGCCAGCGGUCAUGCGACUCGUGCGAUUGGAGCUUUGUGCAGGAGUGGCGCGCACGACCAACCGGUAAUAUGCGCGGCGACAUGCCCGUCGUAUUCAGCCCGCAACCAACGAACUCGCAACUACAUUGUCCCGUCGGCUCGCCAACAACAACAAACGCUUUGCCACAACAAAACCAAAUGAGCGCCAUGCCUGCAACGCCAUCCACCGGCACCACAAUGACAGCCAACUCCACGCCACUCAACACACCAAAUGGUUUGAGUUCCUCCACUGGCCGCAUACAAAGCCCCGCUGUGGCGACACCGGCGCCACGCAUCUCCAAAGAGUUGGCGCAGCGCUUUAAUAGCGGCGUUGACGUCGCGCCCAAUAUGAUGGUCAGCACACAGACCGGACACAGUGUCGUACCGAAUACUACUAUCAAUAUAAGAAAUAUAAGCAGUCCGCCGCAUGCGCCUAGCAAACCGCUGCCGCAGCGCACCUUGGCGGCACCAGCGCGUCAAACGGUGCAAAGUACGCCAGUCAAAUCGCAACCGCCCAUGUUGAGCGGCAAUCUGUCGCCGCAGCAACCGAAGCCGCAGCAACCGAAGCCGCAACAGCCGGCGGCAGCGCAACAAAAGUUCAGCGCCAAUGACAAGCGUCCGCUACCAUUAUCAUUGGAUUUGAGUAAUUGCAGCAUCGGCAUACCAACAGCUGAUACAAACUCUGCGAAUGUGACGCCCAGUGGUGGCGGCGGCUAUCAGCACAAUACGCACGCGAAAACAGGCGCGACGAGCACGCGCACGCAUCAUCAUGAAUUUCGCGGACUGCAGCGUGUGCAGGAGUGUCAUAGCUCAUCGGAUGAGAAUCGCUCAUCGGGCCAUGCGAGUAUGUCGGAUACCGGCGGCCAUGGUAGUUCCUCACCUGGUGGUGGCGUAGCGCUGGGCCCAUUACCGGAAGAUCGUCUUGCCGCCGCCGUCACCAAUCGCAGCACACGUUCACGCACAAGCACAAAUCAUUCGCGUGCGCGCCAUCGUGCCACACCGGCAACGAAAGCGCCAUGGAGCGGCAGCGGUUUGGAAGAUAUAAAAUUGGCCAUACAACAGCUGACAAUGCGUUCGCAAACGAGCACCAGCACUUAUAGCAGCCUCAGUGCUGGUUCGGAGAGCUCGGAACCCGCGCGACGCUUAGCACGCUACUCAUCGCUGGAAACGGUUAAUACAAAUGUGACGAACGCCGAUGAAUUUGUGUGGGUGGACUCACAUAAUCGCCUGGUGGAGUUGCAGCAUCCACCAUGGAGCCAACACUGUAUAAUGCGCGUUAUCCGUAAUGGUCGUUGCAAGGAGCAGGCAGAACGUGUUUCAGUCGACACCAUACCACGCUUGGGCUACCUGCUGCAACGUGCAUUGGUGCGUAUUGCGCGCGAAGUGCAGCGCCUCUCCGCCUGCUUGGGAUUGUGUUCAAAGCAAGAAGUCGCAACCGCAUACAAGAUUGUGCUGUGUCCGGCACUGGCGGACUCUUGUAUUAAAGCGUGUCUACGCGCCGCAGCAAUGUUCGCUGUAACAGGCGACAGCGCGCUCAAACAAAGCAAGUCAGCGCGCGCUGGACUACAACUACCCGUAGGACGCUUUCAUCGUUGGAUGGCCGACGCACGUCUGGGCAAAUUUAUACACGAAUACGCGGCAGUGUACUUAUGUGCUGGAAUGGAGAAUCUGCUCGAGGAGUUGCUGUUGCAAAGCUUUCCUGCAGAUUCAGCCAGCCAAUUUACCACAGCGACGCUAGAUCAGUCUAUAGCGCACUCCGGUGACCUGUGGGGUCUUUUGCAGCCUUUCGCGCACUUAAAUGCAGGACGCAUAGCAUCAGGUGCGCUCACCAUGCCCAGGUGGGCAAGUCUGUCAUCACUUGGCUCCGGCACACAAAAGAGCGGUAGUUCGGGCGGCAAUAGCAAUGUUUCACUGGAACCUUGUCUGCUGACGACGUGCGUUGGCAGCAUAACUGAACUAAAAGACUUGACUUUGCGUGCACAACAAAAGUUUCAGCACACAGCACUUUCUAAUGCGGCACUAUCCACACUCUUCUACUUUAUGCGCUGCUCACAGUUGGAGCACAGCGACUUGAGUGGCGCGCCUUCAAGCGCCAGCGGUAGCGCGGGCGGCAGCAGUCAAAAUGUACAAGAACUCUGCUAUGAACGUGCAUAUGUGGUGCUGCCGCCAUUGGUGGAAUGGUUGCGCGUUGCUUCGGCGCACGCGGAAUACCGACACGCUGUCAUGAUUGAUAAGGACGAUAUCAUGCAAGCAGCGCGCCUACUUUUACCAGGUGUAGACUGUCCAAUGCGUCCAAUUGGCCACGAAGAGGAGCUACCUACAAAGAAGACACAUUUCUCACACCCUGGUGCGACUACGCCCAUAGCAUCGAGCAUCAGCGAAGAUACCACGGAGUUGGGCAAACGCGCCACCAUUACGCUUGCUUUCAAACUCAUGCUUACUGGACGCGCUGAGUUAAUGGCGCAGGCGGCCAACCUGUUGCCACCCACCACGCGUUAUGACACCCUUAAUCACGCCGGUUUGACGGCGCUUAUGAUCGCCGCAAUACGCAAUGACGAAGUGGCCAUACAGGCGUUACUCGAUGCCGGUUGCGAUCCAAACGUAGAAGUGCCACCAGUCGGUCAACCGAAUUUUCCGGGCGUACAUCCAGAUACGCAGCACUGGACGGCGGUGACAUUCGCCGCCAGUCGCGCCAAUUACCUGGCCUUGCGUUUGCUGCUGGAAAGAGGUGGCAAGGUUGAAGGUGGCGCGCGUCUAAGCGAAGAGAAACCAACGCUAACGCCACUGCAAGUGGCAUGCGGCUCUGGCAACGUCGAGGUUAUUUCGCUGCUGCUAGCGCAUGGCGCCAACGCGUUUCUCUCCACGCAGCAGAAAGACACAAUGUGUUUUGCGGGUGGCUCAGCGCAGCGUGGCUCCUAUUGCGCCAUCUCUGUGACAGCGGCGCACGGCCAGCGAGCUUGUCUGCGCAAACUGCUCUCGCAUCCAAUGUCGCCGGGGAGCAAAGACGUGCUUUCACUUGAGGAAAUGCUAGCCGAAGGUGAGCCUGUGGGUAAUGCGACGCGUAGUGGUGCAUGCGCGGGGAAUGCAAGCGGUGAGCGCAUAAGCGCCGAGCUGCCGCUCACAUUAAACAAGACACAAAUCAAAAGUCUGCAGGAGGCAAUGUAUCACAGCGCCGAAAACAAUCAUCUCGAUAUUACGAUAGAGCUGCGCACCUUGGGCGUGCCCUGGACACUACACUGCUGGAUGCACGCAUUGGCGGCGGCGCAUGAGCUGCGCUUGGAUGCUGUUAUCGACCAACUUCUGCAGGAUUUCUUGCAGGUCUGUCCGGACGACUACAGUGCGCAGUUCGUGAGCGAGUGUCUGCCGCUGCUCUUCAAUAUAUUUCGCUAUAGCAAAAAUGAAGGCACAACACUGCUGCUGGCCGACAUUUUCGCCACUUGCUUCGGCUGGGAGACCAUCAAGCCCAUAAAAGAGGCGGCCAUGCAAUCGGUGAAUAGCUCGCGCAUAGAUCCCAAAUUUGUCAACAAUCCAGAACUGAGCGAUGUGACUUUCAGAGUGGAGGGCAAAAUAUUCUAUGGCCACAAAAUAGUGCUCGUCACCGCCUCGCCGCGUUUCCAGAGCAUGCUCAGCUCUAAACUGAGCGAUGGAAACACGCCCACAGUGCAGAUCAACGACAUACGCUAUCACAUCUUCCAGCUGGUCAUGCACUAUCUGUACAGCGGUGGCUGUGCCACAUUGGAGGUCAGUAACGCUGAUGUGUUGGAGCUGAUGGCGGCGGCGAGCUUCUUCCAGCUGGAAGGUUUACUGCGCUACACGGAGUCACGCUGCUCGGAGAUGAUCGACAUCGACAAUGUGGUGGCCAUGUACAUACACGCGAAGGUCUACAACGCCAACAAGCUGCUCGAGUACUGCCAAGGUUUCUUGCUGCAGAACAUGGUCGCUCUGCUGACCUAUGACGACUCCGUCAAGCGCUUGCUCUUCGCCAAAAAGAUACCCAAUCACGAUGUGCUCUCCGGCCUGCUUCACACGCUACAACAACGCAUCAAGCAGCGCAAGCCUAUGGGCGUGGGCAACUUUCGCCAGCAGCUCAGCUCGCCGCCACCAGGUAGCGCUGGCGCUCAUGUAUUGAGCACAAGUCUGUGCAAUAACGUUGGCGGUAGUCUGGGUGCGUCCAAGAAAUAAAUUUGCACUGUAAUAUACUUCAAUUUAAAGUACUUCAAACUUUUGCGCGGGGUUUGUGCGACGCUGCCAGCCUUGUCUGCUGAAGAAGUGGUGUUUUGAGGUUAAAAAACACAAAACAAUUACAAUAUUGGUUUAAAAAUAUAGUAAAAGUUAUAUAUUUAAUUAAUUAAACAUAUUUAUAUGUUAGUAGCUGUAAUUACUCCCUCAAAUGUUCGUCAAUUUAUCUUCCUCGAAGCACAAUGCAACCAGUAAUGUAAGUCGGCGCUUAAGCGCAUCUUCUUUUUUCAUUUUUUUCAUUUGUUUUUUUUCCAUUAUAUAUGUUUGUGUGUAUAACCUUGUUUGUAGCUUACAAGACAAAUAUACUUUAGUUAGUAGCCUUUUGUAGUAUCCUUAAGCUUACGAAGUUUCUCUAGGCUGCCUUUAUUGCUUGUACUUAGACUUGCUUGUAGUUUCUAGCGAAAUUUAGAUACAAUGUUGUAUGUAUGUAUGUAUAUUUAGUUUAUCCGAUAUUUUUAUUAGAUUUAAUAAAUUAAAAUA